AUGGAAAUAGACGGAACUGAAGCUCAACCUUAUGUACUUAUAGAAACCGGAAACUUGCCUAUAACUGUUGGAAAUAGGCCUAUAUACACAAAUGGUCGCUAUAUUUCUAAGCCAGCACCGAUUCCCUUAAAGUCGACCAAAACAGGCGUAGUAUAUGAUAGAAGAAUGAGAUACCAUGCUAAUAUUCACGAGGACGAGCAUCACCCAGAAGACCCUAGCAGGAUAAGUUCGAUUCAAAACACGUUUAAGGCAGCUGGAUGUCUUGAAAAGAUGGUUCCCAUAAGUGCCCGUGAAGUUACAAGGGACGAAGUCCGUCUUGUGCAUACCGAUGAGCAUUGGGAUUUUGUAGCAAAAACAGCGGGAUUGUCCGAGGCUCAAUUGGGUAAAGUUGCUGAUGAUUAUAAUUCGAUUUAUGUAAAUAAAGAAACAGCAUUAAGUGCGCGACUUUCUUGCGGUGGAGUAAUUGAACUAUGUAAAGCUGUGGCGAAGGGGGACGUGACCAAUGGUUUUGCAAAUGUAAGGCCACCAGGACAUCACGCGGAAAUAAAUGAACCUAUGGGAUUUUGUUUUUUCAACAAUGUUGCUGUUGCUGCCCAAUGCUUAAAAAGAGAUUUAAAGAUAGAAAAAGUGUUUAUUCUUGACUGGGAUAUUCAUCAUGGUAAUGGUACUCAAAAAGCCUUUUAUAACGAUCCUAAUGUGGUAUAUUGCUCGAUACAUCGCUAUGACAAUGCGAAUUUCUAUCCUGGAGAUCCACAAGCAGGUCAUACAUAUGUCGGAGGCGGACAAGCCAAAGGGAAGACAAUAAAUAUACCAUGGCCUCGCCCAGGAAUGCGUGAUAGCGAUUACAUAUAUGCAUUUAAUAAAGUUGUAAUGCCAAUUGCUUAUGAAUUCGAUCCAGAUAUCGUGAUAGUUUCUGCCGGAUUUGAUGCAGCAGAAG